AUGAGGGAGCAUAAGCGACGUUCCUUGAGCACCGACCUCCAAUCGGAGGCCAAGCCCGGCCGAUCGCUCAGCUCAAACGCGAUGCACAAGUCCGCGGUGCUUCUGUGCCAGCUAUCUGCCCCGUCCUUCCCCGCUUUUCAUGUCGUUUGCGACACUCCGCGCGGGCCCUGCCCGCGUUCGCGCAGCCUCUUCUCGGACACGAGCGAUGUCGCAUUGUCGUCGGCGAUUCGUUCCAGUGACUCUGCGAUCGCCGCCUGCGCUGGCGACUCACCGUGGGACCGAGCGAGCCAGGGCAGCAGCGCCUGCCUGUCGCGCAACAACAGCAGUGCUAGUCGCACGUGCGACGAGCCCGAGAUCAUCAGCCCCAAGUUGCGACUGCCGACGUCGCGCGAGUUCAGUCGCCUGCGACUCUGCUCGUCGGAGGCGGGCCCGAGCUCGCCUCUUUUUUCGCGAAAAGUCGCUUCGCCGUUGCGCAAGCGCGACGAAAAUCCUCGGUUGAAGCGAAAACGGCCACCCAUGCUCAACAUCCCAGCAAAGGACUCCUUCACGGCGUCGCCGACAACCACGCCGGGAAAUACGCCGGGAAAUACACCGCGAAGCACGCGCGCACAGGAGGCGGAGGAGGCGAGCGAGCUUGUGGCGGUGGGUCACUCGUACGCCGUGAUGUGCAAAAAAGGGCGGCGCGAGUUCAUGGAGGAUGCUUACCAGGCCAUUACGCAGUUCGGCACGUCUCCCGGAAAUGCCUUUUUCGGCGUGUUCGACGGUCAUGGCGGCACCAUGGCGGCGCGAUUCGCGGCAGGCAAUAUCGCGGGGAACGUUCUAAAGGCGGCUCAACAAGGCGCGGAGAGCCCGGAAGCGGCUCUGGUGGAAGGCUUUAAGGAGACUGAUAAACAGUUUCUUUUACAGAAUCUGGGAAGCGGUUCGGCUGUGGUGACGUGCUGGGCUGCCCCUGGUUCGAUUCACGUGGCACAUGCAGGCGACUGCCGCGCCGUGCUCUGCCGGAAGGGCGCGGCGAGUGUGCUGACGUCAGAUCACAAGGCGUCUCGGGAAGACGAGCGCGACAGAGUCGAAAACCUGGGAGGUCACGUGGAUAAUUUUACAGGCACAUGGCGCGUGCAGGGAGUGCUGGCUGUUACACGAGGCCUUGGUGAUGCAAGUUAUAAGGAGUACAUCACUCCGGAACCGGAGGUGGUUCAUGUACCCGUUACGAGAGACUGCGAUUUCCUGAUUAUGGCGUCUGAUGGACUCUGGGAUGUCGUGACCAAUCAAGAAGCCGUCGACAUUGCCCGAUCAUGCCUCGAAGCCGAGAUCAAGGCAUUCAAGCGCAACAACCCUCCCUCUGCCAACUCCUCGCUGGCCACCAUCCCCUCCUUCUCCUCCACCUCCACCGAAUCCUCGUCCCUCACUCUCAACUCCGACGGCAAAGAAUCCGCAUCUUACGACGGCCUCACAACACCUUCCCCCGACGCUGAUUCCAACGCCAAGCUCAACCCAUUUGCCCUAAAAACACCCCGAGAGCGUACCAGCAGCGUUUUUGCUGUCGGGAGUCUAAAACAGGUUACCGAAUCGGCCCAAGAAGGGGGCAACCACGUCCCGGAUAUCACUGCAUGCCCUUCGGCCGAGGAUUCUGAUGUGUCAUCUAGCAGCGAGGACUGCGGGAAUGACGUCAGCGACGGCAGCGAGGAAGGCGAGGGGAGCGAGGGGAGCGAAUCGGAGGAGGGCGGAGAGGCGGAAGCUGCUUCGCGAGCCAAGGCGCAGGGGACUGAAGAGUCGGUGAAGUCUGCGCUGCUGCUGGCUUGUCAAAAGCUGGUGGAAGCUGCUGGGAAGCGAGGCAGCCAUGAUGACACGAGCGUCAUGGUCAUCUCGUUGGCACACUACAUGCUCUAA